AUGGACUCGACGAUCCAAAAACUCGAAGCCAAGAAGCCAUUUGAGAUCAACGACCCCGUGCCGGCAUGUGGAUUCGAAGUCCGUGCCGCGCCUCCGGACCAGCAGAAUUUCUUGUUCGUAGACCAUUUGAGAUACAAUCCUAGUUUUACUUUUAGUGUGGCAUUGCAGGCGGUAAUGGGGUACAGGGAUUGGCAGGAGGAGAGACUUUAUGCGGUGUUUAGCUAUGUGAGGAUUUUUUCGCCUGAUAGGAGGGUGUCGUAUGGGACGCUGCAGCUGGGAAGGGAUCAUGAGUUGUUUGAUGAUAUAGUCACUGAGCCGGCAAAUUGGCAGCUGAAGACAGAAAGCAACAAGGAGCCUUUUUCAAAAUUUCGUGUUAUGUCGUUGAUGGGACAUCUAUAUCCAAUUACGAAUGAUCUCCGACAAGGAGAAAUGAAAACCAUCGAGACCGGAAGCGUCACAAAACGCGCCCAGUCUUCCGAUCCAACUUAUAAUCUAUCGUCACGAGUCAUCGCUAGCUGUUCGCACUCAUGA